AGCCGUUUGGGCCCAGGCGGCCCGCCAGAGACCGUACCCGUUCCGUGGCCGGGCGGCGUUUCGCCGCGAAACGCCCCUCCCGCGCGCGCACGUGGGCGGCCGAGCCCGACGAUGGCCCCCCUCCGGCUUGCCGCCGCGGCAUGCGCCGCCAGUGGGCCCAUCGCCGCGGCCCUCACGCUGUCGCCGCCGGCCCCGCGGGGCCUCGCCCGGGCGAGCGAGGAAAACCCGGUGGGAAGCCCGAGGCCCGCGGACCUCGCCGCCUGGGCCAACGGCCCUCGCACCGUGGAGGCGAGCACGCUCCACCACGCCGAGGUCCGGAGCCUCGUGGGCGACUACAACCUCAGCAUCGCCGCGUACGGCCGCUGGGAGGACUCGAUGGUGUCCGCCGAGCUCCUCGCGGGGAACGGGUGGGAGACCCGGCACGUCAAGGAGCUGUGCCGCCUCUACCGCGAGAGCGGCGCCGUGGGCAACUUCCUCGACAUCGGGGCCAACAUCGGCACCUUCGCCAUUCCUUUGGCGGACUGCCUCGGAGGCGGCGGACGAGUGCUCGCCGUGGAGGGGAUGCCGCCCACCGCGGACCACCUCGUGGCAGGCAUCUUGGACAGCAGGCUGAAGAACGUGGACGUGUACCCUUACGCCGUGGGCGCGUCCGGGGAUCCGAGGACGGUGACCAUGUCACUCAACCCUGUCAACAAGGGCGGCUCUGCCGUCAAGGGCAACAAGCCCUUCACCAACAUGACCGACGACCAGUUGCAGGACUUGUUCCACCCGGGCAAGAAGGCACAGAAGUACGCCCAGAAGGUUGUGGUGAAGGAGUUCUCUGUACCUCUCACCACCGGUGACCAUAUGCUCUAUCACAACCCAGCCAUGAAGGCCAUCGUGAUCGCCAAGGUCGACAUCGAGGGCUACGAGGGCAGGUUCAUCCGAGGCUCCAAUACCCUGUUUACCAAGUACCCCCCGUGCUUCAUGACCAUCGAGCUGAUUCCGGAGUGGCUGGAGCGCGCUGGUACGCCAGCACAGGAGAUUCUGGACCAGCUGACCGCCUGGGGCUACAAGGACGUCCCCACCCUCGCAGGGCUCAUGAAGUCGAACGUCGAAGCCAAGACCCGGACAGUGGUGCAGAGGGACAUGGCGAAGUGCCUGCAGCGCGUGAGGUCCUACGCCUCCCAGCAGUGAGCCAGGUAGUUGCGUUGAACCCUGGCUCCGGACUGAGUGGAGGCUCUCUCCUGGCAGCCUGUGACCCUCGUUUUGAAUAGACCUUGUAAGAAGAGACACCGCUUGUGGUUUGCACAAAGUGUUGUUCAGACAUGUCUGCCUGAAUCCGUCGUGGGUCAAACGCCGGCUGCAUGUUCUAAGAUCAUGGCUGUGUUAUCGCACCGUUCUUUUGUUCUAAGGAGAUCUCGUGGCAGGCGCAUAGGAAUGACGGGACGGUCAGUUCCUGCUCCAGUGUGGCCGCUUCGAGCGCUGGGAGGCGCUGGGAAUUUCAGACGAUCCGUUGACCGCGUCUUUCGGUUCUCCCCCCCCUAUGUCAUGGCGCC